AACCCUUUCCUACGCUGCUACGUGGCAUCCAAUCAUUGCCCCAUUACCUCUGUAAAAAAUUCCACCGUGCAGCCCCUUGUCUUUCUUCAUCGAGGUUUCUCUCUGAGAACUUCUCUUUGUAGAAAGCUCAAAUUCCACGAAUCAAUGGCGCUUCGCCACCUUCUCCGCCGGGUUAGGGUCGUUAGUCCCGAUCCUCACCGAGCUUACGUUGCCCGAUCCAUAUCCCAAUCACUCGCCGAAGCCCCUGAAACCUCACUCCCUUCACCGCCACCCCCAGACCGCAUGAUCUACGAUCAGUUAGCUGAAGCCGUGAAAUCAAAGCUCAGACGGCUCGAAAACCCCGACUCACGGUUCUUAAAGCACGCAUCGCCCUUUCCGGUAACUACUGAUCACACACCGAUUCUAUCCUUGCCAGAAACCAAAAUUACGACUUUACCCAAUGGUCUCCGAGUAGCCACCGAGUCCAAUCUCGCUUCGCACACUGCCACUGUAGCAGUCUAUAUCGACGCUGGGUCAAGGUUUGAGACUGACGAAACCAAUGGCGUGGCUCAUUUUUUGGAGCAUAUGAUAUUUAAGGGUACUGAGAAGCGGCCAGUGAAGGUUCUGGAGGAGGAGAUUGAGAAUUUGGGCGGACAUUUGAAUGCGCACACUUCGCGUGAGCAGACCGCAUAUUAUGCUAAAGUGAUGGGGGAUGAUGUGCCCAAGGCUUUGGAUAUCCUCGCAGAUAUCUUGCAGAACUCAGUCUUCGAUGAGAAAAGGAUCGAGAUAGAGCGCCAUGUGAUUCUCCGCGAAAUGGAAGAGGUGGGACAAAGCGAUGAAGAAGUGAUCUUUGACCACCUACAAGCAACAGCAUACCAGUACACGCCUUUGGGAAGAACCAUUCUUGGACCUGUUGAGAAUAUCCAGGCAAUGACGAAAGAGCAUAUAAGGGAUUACAUUUCUACCCACUAUGCUGCUCAUAGGAUGGUAAUAUCAGCUGCUGGAGCUGUUAAGCAUGAAGAAGUUGUUGAACAGGUUAAGAAGCUUUUCACAAAGUUGUCUGCUCAUCCCACUGUUACAUCUCAGUUAAUUGCAGAGAAUCCAACUAUAUUCACUGGUUCAGAGGUUCGAAUGAUUAAUGAUGACAUUCCUCUGGCUCAAUUUGCUGUUGCAUUCGGUGGAGCAUCAUGGACAGAUCCAGAUUCAGUUGCUUUGAUGAUCAUGCAAUUGAUGCUGGGAUCAUGGAACAAAAAUGCUGGAGGCGGAAAGCAUAUGGGCUCCGAACUUGGACAAAAAGUGGCGAUUAAUGAAGUAGCUGAGAGCUACAUGGCUUUUAACACCAAUUAUAAAGACACCGGGCUUUUUGGUGUCUAUGCCGUGGCCAAGCCGGAUUGUGUGGAUGACUUAGCUUAUGCUAUUAUGUACGAGAUAAGUAAGUUAUGUUACCAAGUCUCGGAACUUGAUGCCAUUCGUGCUCGUAAUCAGCUGAAAACUGCUUUACUUCUGGAUGGAACCAGUCCUACUGCUGAAGACAUAGGGCGUCAGUUAAUUACAUAUGGGCGAAGAAUUCCGUAUGCUGAGCUGUUUGCAAGGAUUGAUGCAGUAGAUGCAAGCACUAUCAAGCGCGUUGCAAACCGAUUUAUUUUUGACCGAGACAUUGUAAUUUCGGCUAGGGGACCUAUUCAGGGUUUACCUGAUUAUAACUGGUUCAGACGCCGGACUUACUGGCUGCGCUACUAGGUGGUUCAUCAUUCUUUGCUUUUUUAUUUUGUUACCGUUUCCAUUUCGAGCUUUUACUUUUGCACGGAGGCUUUUGUUAUAUAUCUCUUCACAAGAGGCGAGUCUAAAUAAUUUAAGCCUUCUUGUUCUUAUCUCCUUGCUUUCAACUAGUUCAAGAAAUUACUAUGACCAAAUUUUUCAUUUGCUGGGGGGUAGUGAAUAAUAAAGCAAAUUGAUGUAUAUUGAGAAUGAUAUUAGUUAUAUAGAGAUCUUAGUUCAUCUCUCAGGGACAAACAGUUUUAACCAUAAUAAAUGGCUUCAUUAUUUA